CCCUCAUGUCUUCCCUUCGCGCUCUCCGCCAACUAUCUUCAAUCUCCCGGACUGUUUCCCUGAGGGGGAAACACUCGCCGCCUCUGCAUUUGCUAGCGGCUACUGGACGCGCGCUCCCAUCCACGACCCUUCGCGCGUUCUCGGUUUCCACGCCCACUCGCAGUGCUACCCCCGCUUCCACCGCCCUCCUUGAAAAACUUAAGGAAGAGCUCGACUACGAGGUGAAAGCUGCGAGCGACAGCGGAGAGCAGUUGCCCGAAGUGCUUUCGGCUUUCCUUUCGGAAGGCGUAUGGAAGCUGGAGGAUGUCCCGGGGAACGACGAGGUGCUGCUGUUUGGGAAGUAUGAGAAUGAGACCAUCCGCGUCAUGUUCUCCAUCGCCGACCUCCAGACCGUUGACGAAAGCCCUGAGAAUGAAAUGGAGGAGGAGGAGGAGGAACCCGAAACACCCACGGAGCUGCGCGUGCGCGUAACUUUCUCCAAGUCCAACGCGCCGGGUGCGAUGACGGCCGAUUUCUACUGCUCCAACGGCGUGCUUCAGCCGGCCAAUGUCUCGUACUAUGCGGACAGCGAAACCGGCACGGGGCUCACCAUGGACGCCGAUUUCACGCGACGACUGCUGUACAACGGGCCUGUGUUUGAGACCCUCGACGCUGGACUGCAGGAGCAAUUUGACGCGUUUUUCCGUGAACGCGGGAUCGACGAGGCACUGGGUGUCUUCAUCCCGGAAUACGCACAGUGGAAGGAGCAAAGGGAAUACAUCGCAUGGCUGGAGGGCGUGCACAAGUUUGUAGGAGCGUAAAUGCUCGUGCAAGAGCUCGUAUCAAAAGCAUCGUACAAGAUGCAUCUAGUAUACAAUCUUUCUGCUCGCUCCCUGCGUGAGCUGAAUGCGGCUCAGUUCCAUUCGAAGUCUUAAGCUUUAGGCCGGAUGCAUGGAAUGUGAAUCUCGUCGAGGGACCAGAGUACUCGGAAAAGAUACACGAUCAAAAGGGUGUGUCAUGCUGGUCGGCAAGCAGAGACCGCAAAGCUUCGCUCUCGAUACACCGAGAGCCGUUGGCGGAAAAGUGGGGCAAGCACUUGUUGACAAUCCACUUGCCUGCGAUGUCGAGAACCCCCCUGGAAUCUGUGCGCAGUCAAUUUCGAAGCUGGCGUAUGAGCACCCUCCACCUGCGCAGAUAUGAUCAUGAGAGUCCACUCGGGGGAGAUUACAGGAACACACGC